CAUGAUGCUUUCCUUGCCAUUCUCCUGUAUAGAGUAAACCACCUUUCUUGAUCUGGGUAGCUUCUUCGGUCUUACCAGCAGGGGUCCCCAGUCCCCACUAUACAGUAGUGGACAUUUUUAAUAUGCCUAGAAAUGGCUUCUCAUCUCAAUAUCCUGAAACUCUAGGACACCACCAAUGUCUGAAUGUUAAUGUUACAAUUCGAUAACUCAGACAGUUAAAUUAUUAAUUUGCCUUUGUAUCCAGGGAUAUGUAUGUCGUGUUUGUCUCCACUGACAGUGUCUGUCACAUUUGCCCAGUCGGCCUAUAUUGACACAAACCUAAUGCAAUUCAACUGGUUAAUUUAAUUGAUCACAUUACACACUCAUUGUAUUUGUCUCUCAUGAAGGAAUAUAAGGAUCUAGUCAUGUACCUACUAUCCUAAAACAUAAUGGUUACAAUAUUCCUGCUCCUUAAAGCAGAUGAGAUAAUACUAUUGUUAUUAUAGUGCAAUAAUGUGGAUAAUGCUUUUAGUGACGAAGACAUAGACCGUUAAUGUUGCCAUAAUGAAAGAAAGACAGGACUAAUGGAAAAUGUGUGUGACGGAGACUCUUGCGCUCUGUCGCGCGUGUGAUGGAGAGUAAAUUAGAUAUAAAGUGGUAUCUAAGAUAUUUAGUUGGUAGGAACAUCGGGGAAUAGAUCAGAUAUAGCAAAAGUCAAGAAGUCAACAAAGCAAGUGUUUAACAAUUCAACUGUAGAGCUAGUAUGUGAUCGUGCAUUUGAGAGAGGAUGAAGGGAGGCGCUAGAGACCAGGAGCGUAUUGAAUUGGAUGACACCGUGCGGGCGCAAUAACAUAUAAUGGAAUUAAAGGAAAAGGAGAUAUUUUGAUUAAUCAAAAUUGUUUUUUCUUUUUUUGGAAUACAAAUCUGUCGGCUUGAAGCAUUUAAUUUCGAGAUUGGACAUGUACUUUAGCCUGCACGUAUCGGACAUUUUACUAAGAUGCGGGGCCCUCGCUGUGCAAUGAUAAAGGCUCGACAGUCGCCUUUGACAAUCUGUUCAAAACGUCGGAUGUGUCUUUUGCCGAGGAGAUCCUGUUAGAGUAUGCCCAAAUCUAUAGGAAGGUGUCGGUGUGCUUCUAAUCGAAAUAACGCACUUUUCGAGGCUGAUCCAUUCGAAAUUGGGCGACUGUAAUUGUAUAGGUCAUCUCUCCAUCCUUGUCUGUCUGCUGGUCUCUCUCUAGGAUCUCUGUCCUAUUGGUGCGAUGGCCUUCUCCUUUCUGGCUUUCCUGAUCUUAUCUGUCCACACACUCCUAUCCCUUGGCUGCCCAGUGGGAUGUCGCUGCUACAGUUUGACUGUAGAGUGUGGCUCUAUGGGCCUCCGGGACAUCCCCUCACAUGUCCCACCCACCACACAGACCAUCUUCCUCCAGGACAAUGCUAUCCAGCAGAUCAAUCUAUCUGACCUCUCCCAGCUGGGCCUUCUGCACUGCCUGUAUCUGCAGAACAACAGUAUCGCAGCACUGGAGCCUGGGGCCUUCCAGAGCCAGGGUAAUCUUCUGGAGCUAGCCCUCAACGGGAACCGCAUCCACCUGAUCACAGGAGACAUGUUCAGGGGCUUGCAGCACCUCCGUGUCCUCUACCUGGCAGGAAAUGACAUCACUCGCCUACAGGACUAUACCUUUAGAGGUCUACUGCGUCUUCAAGAGCUUCACCUGCAGCAAAAUAACAUUGAGAUGCUGGGAGACCAGGCUCUAGUUGGUCUGUCCUCUCUUGCCCUCCUUGACCUCAGCCGGAAUAACCUGCACACCAUCGGCCCAGCCACCCUGCGGCCCCUCGUCAGCCUGCAGGUGCUGCGUGUCACAGACAAUCCAUGGCGUUGUGACUGUGCCCUGCACUGGCUGCGCAGCUGGAUUGAUGAGGAGGGCCAGCGCCUGCUGAGCUCGGCCGAGAGGCGCUUGGUGUGUUCCGAGCCACCCCGCCUUUCCCACCUUAGCUUGGUAGAGGUGCCUCUCAACAGCCUGGUGUGUAUCCCCCCUCUGGUGCAGCUGGAGCCACGCCGCCUGGCCGUGCGCCUGGGUGAGAGCCUACGUGUCUCCUGCCAUGCCUCUGGUUACCCCAGGCCACAGGUCACCUGGAGGAAGACGUCCCAGGGCAAGGUGCAACUAUCCCCGCGGGGGCUGGUGCAGGACCUGGGCAGUGUAGGGAGCGUGGGGGCUGAGGAUGCAUCACACCCAGGGCGGGUGAGACUCCAAAAGGAGGAUGGGGAGCGCUUCGAUCCAGACAUGGGCAGUGGAAUGCUUUUCCUCAGCAACGUGACGGUGUCUCACGCCGGGGUGUAUGAGUGCGAGGCCUGGAACGCUGGAGGGGUGGCCCGUGUGACCUUUCAGCUAGCAAUCAACUCCUCGUCCUCUUCCGGUUGGUCCCCCGCCUCCUACGCCCCAUCCUGGCCUCGUCUGCGCGCCAAUCGGCCAACAUCGCCAGACGUGAGGAGAGAGCCCCUGUACGCCCUUGGCAGCAUGGCCUUCAGCACGCUGGGAGCUGCUACACAGACUGCCAUCGCCAUAGGAAUCUCCCUACUGGCCCUCACUGCCCUUCUCCUGGUGGCCAUGAUCUACAGCCGGCACCGCCAGCGACAGAAAGACACAGAUGACAAGGAGGAAAGCAUACUGUAUGUCAAUGAUUACUCAGACGGACCAACAACCUUUGCCCAGCUGGAGGAGUACCGCGAUGAGCGCGGGCAUGAGAUGUAUGUUCUUAACCGCGCUAAACCCAUCAUCCCACCUUCCACCACAGCUGAUACCACCACCCUGGGGUACCAACAGCAGGAAGCACUGUCUCCCACAAAGCCCCAGAUGGAGCCCGAUAUACGGACAAUGAGAAGGAUGGCAGGGGAGGGCGUGGAGGCAGAGACGGUGACAGCCGAGUCAGAGGGCUUGUUUCUGAAUCACACAGGGUUGUUCCUCGACUCACAAUUUGCAUAUGAGAUCCACUGCUGAAGGCCCCCAGGAGGACAUUCACUGUGAGCUAGCCCAGAGUGCUUAAUGUCACUUUUCAGAUGGAUGUCCCUCUGGUGACCAAACCUCUAGACUGCAGAUCAGAUUUGACAAUGAGAGUUCAGAUUAAUCAUAAAUCCUGAUUGCUCUGGUUCCAGAGUGACAAGCUUGAGUAGCAGUGAGAUAUAAAGACAUGCCAGGAGAGGUGCCGCCGUCAACCAAAACCCCCACUGUACUGUACCUUACUGUGAGCUGAAAAAAUGUGUCUUAUGUCAUGUUGAUUAACUCCAACUUGAAACUAUAGUUACCAUAUUAUGGAGAAACCAUUAGUGGAGUGAGUCACGUGUAGUGGAAAUAACCUUAUUAUGAUUCUACUGUUUUACAUCAACUAAACUGUGUUAGGGGCCUAAAAAGGCACCCUUGGCUGAACGCUGAGCGGUUGAGAAUUUAAUGAGUAAUGUGUAUCGUAAGUCUUUCAUAAAAUACUUCUUUGUGACAGAAUACUGAGCUACCCAGAUCCUCCAUUUCCUAGUCUAAUGCCAUUGUCUUCGGUCAGAUGGCGUCAUUCAAACGCAACACACGUCAGUGCAGACGGUCGUCGUGCUGAUGCAAGACAAUGGUCUACAGCAUAAUAUUCCUUCCAAAGAUUUCAUCAGUCAAACAACGGUAUACAGUCAAACAAGCUCCCUCUUCUUCAGGUCCUGUUCACUUCAUUAUAGUGCCUUACAAAAGUAUUCAUCCCCCUUUGUGUUUUUUCCUAAUUUGUUGCAUUACAACCUGUAAUUUAAAUGGAUUUUUUUAUUUGGAUUUCAUGUAAUGGACAUACACAAAAUAGUCCAAAUUGGUGAAGUGAAAUUACAAAAUGUAAAAGUGGUGCGUGCACCAGUUGUGGAGAAGUAAUCAUCAAGGUUGGGUUAUAAAAAAGUAUCUGUAUCUUUGAAUAUCCCACGGAGCACCAUUAAAUCCAUUAUUUAAAAAAAUUUGAAAGAAUAUGGCACGACAACAAACCUGCCAAGAGAGGGCCGCCCACCAAAAGUCAUGGACCAGGCAAGGAGGGCAUUAUUCAGAGAGGCAACAAAGAGACCAAAGAUAACCCUGGAGGAGCUGAAAAGCUCCAGAGCGUAGAUCGGAGUAUCUGUCCAUAGGACCACUUUAAGCCGUACACUCCACAGAGCUAUGCUUUACAGAAGAGUGUCCAGAAAAAAGCCAUUGCUUAAAGAAAAAAAUAAUCUAACACGUUUGGUGUUUGCCAAAAGGCAUGUGGGAGACUCCCCAAACGUAUGGAAGAAGAUAGUCUGGUCAAAUGUAGCUUUUUGGCCAUCAAGGAAAAUGCUAUGUCUGGCGCAAACCCAACACCUCUCAUCACCCUGAGAACACCAUCCCUCAUCCAUCAUGCUGUGGGGAUGUCUUUCAUCGGCAGGGACUUUGAAACUGGUCAGAAUUUAAUGAUGUUUGGCGCUAAAUACAGGGAAAUUCUUGAGGGAAACCUGUUUCAGUCUUCCAGAGAUUUGAGACUGGGACGGAGGUUCACCUUCCAGCUGGACAAUGACCCUAAGCAUACUGCUAAAGCAACACUUGAGUGGUUUAAGGGAAAACAUUUAAAUGUCUUGGAAUGGCCUAGUCAAAGCCCGGACCUCAAUCCAAUUGAGAAUCUGUGAUAUGACUUAAAUAUUGCUGUACACCAGCGGAACCAAUCCAACAUGAAGCAGCUGGAGCAGUUUUGCCUUGAAGAAUGGACAAAAAUUGUAGCUCCCUCCAGUAACCACGAGCACAACUGUUCCUUGAUUUUAACUGGCGGUUUUAUUCUGUAGUUUUAGUCAGAAUUAUCACCUUCCGUGAGAACUAUAAAGUAAAUGAAAAUACAGUUAAUCAUUCUUACAACUUUCUUGUCUUAUGAGUAACUUAUUAGCUUGAUAUGACUCUGAAGUGCUUACAUACAUAAAAACAGUUUAGCCGGAGAUAUAACAGUAUCAGGUUAAUUAAUAAACACAUGAAUAAAGGAAAAAUACCUCAUUGGCUGCUUAUUACAGAAGGGAGGAAAUCCAAAACUUCACACUUCUUAUUCCUGACAUGAAUUCACGCUUCAUCCUUAAUUAUUAUAUCGUUACCAUCCUAACCAAACUACACAUUUCAACUAUUACAAACUACACCCGAAGACAUGAAUAACCUAUCUAACACAGCGUGGGAUUGCCUUCACUCCAAAAGUGCCUUGCUACGAAAAGAAUCCCCGUUAUAACAGUUCUUAGCCAUGUAGUCCCGCUUGUUUUACCAUUUCCCCCGCAUAGCGAACACGUAAACAAUUCAAACAAAAACAACAACAUAGACUCACAGGUUAAUUGUCAGGUACAAAAAUCCCAGUGUCUAGAUGUGCCAAGCUUAUAGAGACAUACCCCAAGAGACUUGCAGCUGUAAUUGCUGCAAAAGGUGUCUCUAAAUAGUAUUGACUUUGGGGGGUGAAUAGUUAUGCACGCUCAAGUUCUUUUUUGUCUUAUGUCUUGUUUGUUUCACAAUAAAUCAUAUUUUGCAUCUUCAAAGUGGCAGGCAUGUUGUGUAAAUCAAAUGAUACAACCCCCCAAAAAAUCUAUUUUAAUUACAGGUUGUAAGGCAACAAAAUAGGAAAAAUGCCAAAGGGGUGAAUACUUUCGCAAGCCACUGUAUAUUGGUGACAAAAUAUAUAUACAACAAAAUGUCAACAUGCAUGAACUGAAGAUGAAGAGACGUAUUACAUUUGAGGGCAUUAUCAGAAAUCAUUCACCUCCUAUAACUUUAAAUUAAUACUUUUUUAAAUCCAUGAAAUUCCUGUAGGGCUCAGCUUCAUGAUGAAAGUAUUUUUGUCGCUUGUACUUCAACAUGUGUUUUAGUUGACAAAACAAGGCCUAAUGUGUUUCAAUGUUGAUUUUUUUUUAAGAUAAAGUGUUCAAUAGCUUUUAGCCAACUGUAUUUCCAGAAUGAGGUUAAGUUUAGGAAAAGGGUUAGGGUUAGGCUUAGCUACAAUCCUACAGUUGUCAACAACUGUUGUCCAAGACGCGACCAGUAGAUAGAGCUGUUGGCCAACGCCAUCUUUCAACAACGACAGAGACCUUAACAAACCAUCUGUGGCGACAAAUCAUCAGUAUAUCAUAACACUGGACAUUGGUGUGUUUGAGGCGGGAAGAGUGAGAAAAGCCGUGCAAUCUGGUAUUAAAACACUGGAUUGCCCUCCCCUUGUAAAACUGAAUUUCAAGCUCUUCAUUUCAGAUGUUUUUAAUGCAUUUAUUUAAAAAUGUAUAUAUAUUUGUGGUUUAUAUUUAUUGUGUUUUAUUCCUUUUCCAAAUAAAUACAAUUAGGAAAAUGGUCUCUG